AUGAAUACCUGCGAGACCAAGACUGGUGGUGGCACCUGCGAGACCGAGACUGGUGGUGGCACCUGCGAGAUCGAGACUGGUGGUGGCACCUGCGAGAUCGAGACUGGUGGUGGCACCUGCGAGAUCGAGACUGGUGGUGGCACCUGCGAGAUCGAGACUGGUGGUGGCACCUGCGAGAUCGAGACUGGUGGUGGCACCUGCGAGAUCGAGACUGGUGGUGGCACCUGCGAGAUCGAGACUGGUGGUGGCACCUGCGAGAUCGAGACUGUUGGUUGCACCUGCGAGAUCGAGACUGGUGGUGGCACCUGCGAGAUCGAGACUGGUGGUGGCACCUGCGAGAUCGAGACUGGUGGUGGCACCUGCGAGACCAAGACUGGUGGUGGCACCUGCGAGAUCGAGACUGGUGGUGGCACCUGCGAGAUCGAGACUGGUGGUGGCACCUGCGAGACCAAGACUGGUGGUGGCACCUGCGAGACCAAGACUGGUGGUGGCACCUGCGAGACCAAGACUGGUGGUGGCACCUGCGAGACCAAGACUGGUGGUGGGACCUGCGAGACCAAGACUGGUGGUGGCACCUGCGAGACCAAGACUGGUGGUGGCACCUGCGAGACCAAGACUGGUGGUGGAGAGGCAGUCUCCUUCCCGUCUCCUGACUCCUCACGGCCCAAGCCAAGUCAUCCAUCAUCUGAAAUAAUUAACUUGUAUUGUUCUUGGCUGUCUGGCUCUCCAGAAUCCUUCCGCUCUCAUAAAAGUAUUGAAUUGAAAUUGAAACUCUCAAUUCGCAGAUGUAGAGUUGUAGACCAGACCACACACUAG